UAGGUGCAUAUUAAGAAAAAUGUCUUUUUUUUGUAUGUAAGACUAAUUAAAAUCAAUUUCUGACAGGAAACUCAAAUGUAUAAGUAAGCGUGUGUGCAUGUUUUUUAUGAAUGGAAAGGCUUGGUGGAGGUGGGCUCUAAUAACUGAGGCUGAGCUAUGAAUGGGGCUCAUGUUUAUCUGGCUCUCACCCACUCUAAUGGGCCUUGGUCACUGUGAAGGAGUCUCUGUUUGCAGCAGGAAGAGAUAAUCCAUUUAGGUGAUGCUUUACCUGGAAUAGGUAAGUCAUUACUUCCUCUCAGAUGAGAUUCCUUCCCCGAUGAGAAGCUGCGAGUCUUAGAGGACUCACAUUCAAUCAGCUUGUCUUGCUCUCAUCUACCUCACAUUUUUCCGGGACAAAAAACAAGCCCGUCGCACCCGUCCAAGGAAAUCUGACAUCUGUGGGGAGUUGGAGGGGUUGGGGGGCUGGAAAGCACCUGAAUCAGGAUGGAGAUGCUGAGGAAGUUUACCAAACGUUUGGUGCCUGUGAAAGUCAUGGAGUACAUGAAGGACUAUUGCAAGAGGAACGGGCUGCUGACGCUCUCCGUCUUUGCUGUCGUUACCGGCUGUGUGCUUGGAUUUUCCCUCCGGACCCUCAACCUUUCUACACAGGCCAAAAUCUACUUUGCGUUUCCUGGAGAAUUGCUGAUGAGGAUGUUGAAGAUGUUAAUUCUCCCGCUUAUCACUUCCAGUUUAAUGUCUGGCCUGUCAGCCAUGGACACAAAGGCAAGUGGUCGGUUAGGAGUCCUGACUAUCACCUACUACCUGUGGACGACCUUCAUCGCUGUCAUCGUCGGCAUUGUGCUGGUGCUCAUCAUUCAUCCUGGGACGGGGUCGGAGAAAGACGGUCACCAUGCAAGCACGGGACCUGUUAUGACCUCGGCUGACGCGUUGCUGGACCUCAUCAGAAACAUGAUUCCAUCCAACCUUAUUGAAGCAACUUUUCAGCAGUAUCGGACAGAUUUGGUGCCAAUAAUUCAGAAUUCUGAUGAAAAAGAGUCUCAGGUCAACUAUGUGUACGUCAUGCCCGACUACCACAACCCUCAGCUGGGUCACCCAGUGUUCCUGGAAAUCACCCCUGCACCUGACAUAAAGUAUAAGAUUGUCCCCAGCACAAGCAAGGGCAUGAAUGUCUUGGGAAUCGUCAUCUUCUCAGCUACCAUGGGUCUGCUGCUGGGGAAGAUGGGAGAACGUGGAUUACCGCUGGUCAACGUGUGCCAGUGCAUCAACGAGUGUGUGAUGAAGAUCAUCAACGCUGCCAUGUGGUACUUCCCUUUCGGUAUUGUCUUCCUGGUGGCGGGGAAGAUCCUGGAUAUGCACGACCCCGCCCACUUAGGGGAGAAACUCGGCAUGUACUUCAUCACAGUCUUGGCCGGCCUGUUUGUCCACGGCCUCAUCCUGCUGCCACUCUUCUACUUCUUCUUUACUCGCAAAAACCCCUUUGUCUACAUCAGAGGGCUGCUGCAGGCUCUUGUCAUCGCCUUGGCCACCUCCUCCAGUUCUGCCACUCUGCCUAUCACCAUGAAGUGUCUCCUGGAGAACUGCGGUGUAGACCGGCAGAUAGCUCGCUUUGUACUCCCAGUGGGGGCCACCAUCAACAUGGACGGGACAGCAUUAUAUGAGGCAGUGGCGGCCAUCUUCAUCGCUCAGGUCAAUGAUCAUGAACUGGACUUUGGUCAGCUGGUCACUGUGAGUAUCACAGCAACAGCAGCCAGCAUCGGGGCAGCUGGAAUCCCACAGGCAGGACUGGUAACCAUGGUGAUCGUCCUGACCUCCGUGGGGUUACCGCCCGCUGACAUCUCCCUGAUUGUGGCCAUCGACUGGGUUCUCGAUCGUUUCCGUACGAUGAUAAAUGUUCUCGGGGAUGCACUGGCGGCUGGCAUCAUGGCUCAUUUGUGCAAAAAGGACUUUGAAAAAGCUGCUGCUGCCAAAGCCGCCUCCCCUGUCGCCAGUAGUGAAAGGAGGGACACGGUCAUCUCCUUCGGUAAUCAGAGCGUGGCGCUCUCCGAUGCUCCUCUCCUCCCUCACCGCUGCGACUGCAUGUUUGAGGUGGACGGAGACAACGUUCUGGAGAGACCUGUGCCCUGCUACAACCUCUGCCAAGUGUGAAACGGCGCCACGAGGCCAAAGGCACAACCAUUUGCAGGCCCUUAAAGCACAAAUCAUGCUGUACAGUUUAAUUGCUGAGCAUAGCCCGGCUUCAGUCAAGUGGCUUAUAUGUAUUUUGCCUGUGCCCUGCUGAAAACAGGAACUUCCUUUACUUGAUAGACUCCAUCCAGGUCGGGCUGCAUGGAGAGAGAUGAGAAAACUAACCUCACAUGAAACCUAAAUUAAAAAAAAAAAAAAGGGACACGGGUCGCAUCAGAAAUCAGAGCGGAUCAGCCCGUGAAGACUUUCACGGCUUGCCUGACAUGAUGGAGUCUGAUUGCAGGUUUGACAUCGACGCUUUAAAAUGCCUUAACAUGACCUCGGUUUUGCUGUAAAACUUGAAAGUUAGAGAGAGGAGCAGAGGCAGUUGUAGGGAAUGUUAUGAGCUGCAUUCAGUGCAAAUUUAAGCAACCUGAUGUUUAGUAGAUCAGAAAGACGGUGUGAUAAUCACACAGAAUGUUUAUUUCUGUUUUUAUACCAGUGCAAUUACUAUUUUCUAAUAAAAACCUGCAGCACUUGAAA